UCCUGUGGCUGUGCAUCACAGCUGAGUGUCUCUACCUCAUCCUGCUGUUCACAGGUGGUGUACUCAUGUGGUUAGAGCUGUGUCCUUGCCUCAGCGUCAUGAACAAGCUGAAGCUCAACGCCUUUGCUGCCAUGUUCACCGCCCUGUCAGGCCUUUUGGGGAUGGUUGCCCACAUGAUGUUCACCACGGCCUUUCAGCUGGCUGUGGCUAUGGGUCCGGAGGACUGGAGGCCCAAGACCUGGGACUACAGCUGGUCCUACAUCUUAGCAUGGGGCUCCUUCGCCACCUGCAUGGCUUCUGCAGUGACAGCACUGAACAGGUACACCAAGACCAUCGUAGAGUUCAAGUACAAGCGGCGGAACAUUGAGAAGAACCUGAGGAUCAAGCAGAAGCUGCUGGAGAUGGACCUGCCAGAGCAGAUGUGGGACAUGUACCUGACGGCUGUGCCUGCAAGGGGAGAAGGAAAUGCUGGGCCUCUGGACCUCCCUGUCAAUGGGCACAAACCCUCCACUGGAGCAGCCUAUGUAAUGGGCCUGGACAGCAUGACAGAAUCACAGGGAGAGGCCUACUGCUAAGACAGUGGUCACCAACCCUGGGCCUGCAGGGCCCCAUUCCAAUACUGUUAGAAUGUACCUUCCAUCCUCCCUUCAUUGAGGUUAUGACUGCUCCAACAUGAUUGGAUAAGUUCAAAACUCAAAGGGAAGGAAGAAAGGAUGCAUUUUCACAGUAUCAGAACAGGGCCUAGGAGAUCUAUAAGGCUUUACAAGACCAGGCUUGGUGACCUCUUCAUUAAAAUGACCAAAAAUUGGCUCUCAUAUACAGGAUCCCAAACUCACUGGACUAUAUAGGGCAUAAUGGAUCCCAUUGAGAAGAUCAUUACUAAUAUUAUGGCCAAAGGAACAUGGAGCUGACUGAAUAAACAACACUUGUCCUCAACUUCCUCCUGUAUGUUUCUAGAGCCAAGGCCAUGACUAUUCUUAUCAUUACUGUUAUUCUGGAGCAGAUGGUAAAGCUGUUUUUAUAAGCUAUGUUAGUAGUUUUGUUGCCUCAUUUGGCAUGGGGCUGCAAAUAUCAGCCAAGUCUAGUUGCCAUAUGGAUGCUUGGUGUACAGACGGCUAUUUCCAACACGUACAGUAGGUUACAAUAUGGUGCUUAUGUUUAUAUGUGCUGUAUGUAAGUUUGUGUUUGAGAGAAAGUUGGAUCUUAAUAUUUGCUUCAGAAUGUAAUGAAGAAAAAGCAGCACCCAUAAACAUACACAGGAAAUGUAUUGAACACAAAC